UUAGAAUCGACCAUUAGUAUCUCUCUCCCCUCAGGAAAAGCUCGCGAUGGUAUGAUCUGAAGAAGGGGAUUCUUAAGUGGUACGGUCCGGUGCAGAAUGCACCAAACGUGCUUUUGAGCAAACUUGUAGAAAUGAGGUUUGCACGGGAGAAAAAAAAUGGAUAGAACUAAACCGAACUUGCGGACUGGCUGAGGAAUUCUGGGAGUUGAAGUCCACAAGUCUUAAAAGUUGCCAAGGUUGGAGACCCCUGAUCUAGAGUCCUCUGGAGGAGAGGCGCAGCUAUAUAAAUAUACAUUGAUAAGGCUUAUUAAUGAAGAUUUAUGAGGAUUUAUGUGUUUGGAAUGCACCGUUACGGAUGAAAGUUAAUAAAUCGUGAAGUGAAAGUGUUAACAGCCCAGCAGACUGAAUUUAAAACCGGUAGGUCAUCUGAAACUGUUUGAAUUAAGGAGUUUUUACAGCGUGGGGGUGACCAGCCGACUGGCAGACACGUUUAAGUUUGGAAUAAAUUGCUGUCUUUCGCUCUUCCUAUUAUAAAUAUCGUGUUCUGUGUUUUACUGCUGAGGUCAAGGAGUGAAUAUUAAAGACUGAAUUUGUCAAUGAGUAGAAUUUAAUUGAAGAUUAAAUUGAUCUUUUGUGUAGAACUUGACCGGAGCAGCAGCAGGAUUUUACUGGGCGUUGUCUUCUGACGGACAAUUUUUUUUUUGAGAGGAAAUUAACAGCUUGUUUAUGUGCUUUUAUGAUCACAGAUAACAAAGGAGAGGAUUUUUCCCCGAAGUUUAAGUUGGAAUGAAGCAGUAAAUUUUUUUUUUUUUUCCUUUGCUGACGUGGAGAAAAAAUGGCGCUGAUUAUUGUUUAAAAGCUGUGAAGUUAUCUGUGCUCUUUGUGGAGUGACUAUGAGUCACAAGCUACUGAGAGAUAAAUUUUCGAGUGCAAAAUAAGCCGCUUCGGCUUCAAUUAAAAAACUGCUGUCCCUUGAUCUUCAUUAAGACCCUCUGCAAAAGUGGUUUGAAAUACUAGUUUGAAAACUUUUUAAAACUUUUUAAAAUGACUCAACAACCUUCAGAAAUGCAGCAAGUUGCUGCAGCUUUAAACAAAAUUGGGGAAGAAAUAGCAGGACUAUCGGAGCGAAUAGAUAAUAUGACAUUGGAAAUGACAUUGGAAAUGAAAAAAAUGAAACAAGAAAUGAAUGAAAAUUUUGCAAAGCAAACAAUGGAAAUGACAAUUAUUAAAGAUGAACUUGAGCAGAUUCAUAUACAUGAGGCAAAAGUGGAUCGGCAAAUUGGUGAAAUAUUUUACAAAAAUGAGCAGCAAGACAAGAGAAACACGCAAAUUACGUUUAAAAUUGCAGAUCUGGCAAGUGUUUUUAGAAUUGGAUAUAGAAGGCAAAAUGGCUCCAACAGGAAUGUGCUUGUCAGGUUUGCAAAUCUUGGUGAUAAGCUGGAAGUUAUGGCCAAGGUGAGAGAGAUGGGAGAUGCUUUGAAGUUUGAAGGGAAGACUAUUCAAGUCUUCCCGGAUAUAUCAAGAGAAGAAAGGGCAUGGAGAUUUUUUUUAAAACCAAUUACAAAGGUUUUGAGAGAUAAUGGAAUUAAAUAUAAUUGGAGGCCACCACAACAAUUGAAAUUUUUUUAUAAAGGAAGGAUGCGUACAAUUACCCCAGACAUAGAUGCAAUACUAUAUUUACGGGAGCUUGGACUGAUCAAGGAGGAGGAUUUAAUGGAGAUAAAAGAUCAAAUGCUUAAGAUGGGUGGAAUACACGUGGAAACAUCAACCCCAGAAGAAGAAAAAGGGGCUAUUGGGGGGCAAGACCCUAAAGGGUUAAAGAGGAAAGAAAUAUCACCUGUGUUGGUUGAACAGAAGAAAAGUCGUGAGGAUACAGCAGGAGAAGAAGCAGAUAAGAGUCUUGGAAAAUACGAAGCCGAAUGCGGGAGAGAGUUAUCACUUUCUUUUUUCUUGAGUGACGAAUUUAAAUAGACAGCCCGAAAGAAGUGACCCGGACAUUGGCACGUCCCCUCUCCCCCAUUCUCUUUAUAGAGGCGAAACCGACAAGGAUGUGGGGGAAGAAGAUUGUUUGUUUUUUAUUGUUUGUUUUGUCUUUUGUCUUUUUCUGUUUUUUUUAUUGUUUUCUUUAUGCUAACUGUUGGUUAUAUGGGAGUUUAAUGUUGGGUUUUGGGCACAGAAAGGAAGAGGCGGGGCUAGGAUUGAAAAAUUUACAGUUUAAAUGGGAGUCAUAAAAAUAAUGUCAUGGAAUGUGAAGGGUACAGGGAAUCAGAUUAAAAGAAGAAGAUUGGAAUUUAAGAUUAAAAGAGAUUCACCAGAUAUUUUAUUUUUACAAGAAACCCAUCAGAAAUCUGAAGAUUCAAAUAGAAUAUAUAUAAAAGGUAUGCAAAUAUAUGAAAAAGCAUUCGGAACUUCAAAAGCCAGAGGAGUUGCAACAUUGAUAUCAGAUAGGGUGUAUUUUGAAAAACAUCAGGUAAUUUUGGAUGAGGAUGGAAGAUAUGUAAUAAUUGUGGGAAAUCUUAAUGAGGAAAAAGUGACACUUGUUAAUUUAUAUUUACCGAAUGAGAAACAAAGAGAAUUUCUUGAAAAAAUAACAAAAAAUUUUAUCAAAAAAGUAGUGCAAGAGUGAAGGUGAAUGGAAUAUUAACUGAAGAGAUAAAAUUAGAAGCAGGUACGAGACAAGGAUGUCUCUUGUCCCCAACAUUAUUUUUAUUGGCUAUGGAAAUCCUGACAAAAAUGAUAGAAAAAGAUGAAGAAUUAGAAGGAUAUAAGGGAUAUAAGAUAAAUUUGUAUGCGGAUGAUACUUUAAUUAUUUUGAAAAAUAUAGAGAAAGACCUGAAAAAGAUAUAUAAGCAUUUGAAAGAAUUUGAGGAAAUGACAGGUCUGAAAGUAAAUUGGUCAAAAUCAGAAUUAUUGAUGGAUAGUAAUGGUAAUGAGUGCGAGAAUAUGCAAGAGCAAUUUGGGAUAAGGAUUAAAAAUACAUUGAAAUAUUUGGGUAUAGUGCUCUCACUCAAGGUUAAAGAAUUGAAAAAACUUAAUUAUGAUGUGGUGAUGAAUGAAAUUGAGAAGAAGAUAGAUAAAUAUAAAAUGUUAAAGUUGUCUUGGUUUGGUAGA